UCGUUUGUGACUGAAUCGACGAGAACAUCCAAAAUGGUAAAUGUACCGAAGCAGCGUCGCACGUACUGCAAAAAGUGCAAGGUUCACCGUGUACACAAGGUGACUCAGUAUAAGAAGUCCAAGGAACGACAGGCUUCCCAGGGUCGUCGUCGUUACGAUCGUAAACAGAAAGGUUUUGGUGGACAAACGAAGCCUAUCUUCAGGAAGAAGGCUAAGACCACCAAGAAAAUUGUGCUGCGUAUGGAAUGUGUCGAGUGCAAGUACCGCAAACAAACCCCACUGAAGCGCUGCAAACAUUUCGAGCUCGGUGGUGACAAGAAGCGCAAGGGACAGAUGAUCCAGUUCUAAGCGUACUCUUGGGCGUUGCAUUAUAUGUGAACAUUACAUCGGGAAUAAAGCAGUAGUCCUUACUCGCGUACAUUUCUAAGACGAGUUCGUUGAUGUACGCCAGUUAGGACUAAUGUGAGGAAAAAUUCAA